AUCACCCCUCUCUGUGCCGGAUCUCUGUUCAGCUCGCUGGAUUGUGUGUUCAAUAGAUGGAUUCUCUAUCUCUGGCAUAUUAGGGAGACCACCCCACAGACAUUCAACCUCCCCAUCUCUUUCCUUAGAGGGUUUGGACUCACCCACUGCCCUCCCCAGCUUCACACUUCCAACUUUUCCUCUACCUAUAACAUCGGUGGAAAGGAAGAGAGGAAGAGUGUGAGAUCUGAGAGGGUGGAGUGGGAGUAUUCACUACCUGAAAAUGGUUGUUCAGAACUCAGCAUGUCUCCUUGCUUCAAUGCUGCUUCUUUUUCUUCUUCCUGUGGCACAAUGUGGCGUGACCUAUGACAGGAAGGCCAUCAUCAUCAAUGGGCAGAGGAGGAUCCUCAUCUCUGGCUCCAUUCACUACCCCAGGAGCACCCCAGAAAUGUGGGAAGGGCUUAUUCAGAAGGCUAAGGAUGCGCACUUGGAUGUUAUACAGACCUAUGUCUUUUGGAAUGGACAUGAGCCUUCACCUGGCACCUACGAUUUUGAGGGGAGGUAUGAUUUGGUGAAGUUUAUCAAGACAGUCCAGAAUCUGGGGCUGUAUGUCCACCUUCGGAUUGGGCCUUAUGUUUGUGCAGAGUGGAAUUUUGGAGGAUUUCCAGUUUGGUUGAAGUAUGUUCCAGGAAUCAGCUUCAGAACAGAUAAUGAGCCUUUCAAGAUGGCUAUGCAAGGUUUCACCCAAAAAAUUGUUCAGAUGUUGAAGAGUGAAUCACUUUUUGCUUCCCAGGGUGGCCCAAUCAUCCUUUCACAGAUUGAGAAUGAGUACGGGCCCGUAAGUAGGGCAUCUGGGCCUCCUGGUCGUUCAUAUUUGAACUGGGCUGCAGAAAUGGCUGUCGGGUUAGAGACCGGCGUACCAUGGGUUAUGUGCAAGGAGGAUGAUGCCCCUGAUCCGGUGAUAAAUACAUGCAAUGGCUUCUACUGUGAUACUUUUACUCCCAAUAUGCCUUAUAAGCCUAUAAUGUGGACUGAAGCUUGGAGUGGCUGGUUUACGGAAUUUGGGAGCCCUAUCCAUCACCGACCAGUUGAAGACCUGGCAUUCGCUGUGGCACGCUUUAUACAAAAGGGUGGUUCAUUUAUCAAUUAUUACAUGUACCAUGGAGGAACUAAUUUUGGGCGUACAGCUGGAGGUCCCUUCAUCACAACCAGCUAUGAUUAUGAUGCUCCAAUUGAUGAAUAUGGAAUAUGCAUUGUUCAACUUUUUUGUCACCAAAUGGCAGGGCUGAUCAGAGAACCAAAAUACGGGCAUCUAAAAGAGCUUCAUAGGGCAAUUAAACUGUGUGAACAAGCUCUAGUUUCAGCUGAUCCAACAGUUACUUCUUUGGGAAGUCUCCAACAGGCUCAUGUUUUCAGUUCCCAGACUGGAGGUUGUGCAGCUUUCCUUGCAAACUACAACCCAGAUUCCUUCGCAAGGGUAAUGUUCAAUAACGUGCACUACAACAUACCACCUUGGUCAAUCAGCAUCUUACCAGACUGCAGUAAUGUAGUAUUCAACACUGCAAAAGUUGGUGUUCAAACAUCACAAAUGCAAAUGUACCCAGCUAAUACUCAGUCACUUAUGUGGGAGAGGUAUGAUGAGGUUGUCGCUUCAUUGGAAGAUAAUUCAUUGAUCACCACAACUGGGCUGUUGGAACAGAUAAACGUUACCAGGGAUACAAGUGACUACUUGUGGUACAUUAGUAGUGUUGAUGUCAGCCCAGCUGAAGGAUUUUUACAUGGAGGUCAGCUUCCUGUUCUUACUGUCCAGUCAGCUGGUCAUGCUCUGCAUAUCUUUCUUAAUGGACAGCUCUCAGGUUCUGCUUAUGGGAGCAGGGAAGAUAGGAGGAUAAAAUUUUCUGGUAAUGUCAACAUUCGUGCUGGAACUAACAAAAUUGCAAUUUUGAGUGUCGCCGUCGGACUGCCAAAUGCAGGUGUGCAUUAUGAGUUCUGGAGCACUGGAGUCCUUGGUCCUGUGGUGCUACAUGGGCUUGAUGAAGGAAGUAGAGACUUAACAUGGCAGAAAUGGUCAUAUCAGGUUGGCCUAAAAGGAGAAGCUAUGAACCUAAAUUCUUUGGAGGGUGCUUCUUCUGUUGAAUGGAUGCAAGGGUCAUUAGCAGUUCAAGAUCAGCAACCAUUGACAUGGUAUAGGGCAUAUUUUGAUGCUCCUGAUGGGAAUGACCCAUUGGCUUUGGAUAUGGGUAGUAUGGGGAAGGGUCAGGUGUGGAUAAACGGACAAAGUAUUGGAAGAUACUGGACUGCCUAUGCCCCAAAUGGAGAUUGCAAUUCAUGCAGUUACAUAGGGACAUAUCGGUCUCCAAAAUGUCAGAGUAACUGCGGCCAACCAACCCAACGAUGGUAUCAUGUGCCGCGGUCUUGGUUACAACCCACAAGAAAUCUACUGGUAAUAUUUGAAGAGGUUGGAGGUGAUGCAACAAAGAUUUCCAUGAUGAAGAGAUCUGUUUCUAGUGUUUGUGCUGAUGUUUCUGAAUGGCAUCCCACAAUAAAGAAUUGGGACAUUGAGAGCGAUGGCCAACCUGAAGAGUACCACAAGCCAAAAGUACACCUGCGAUGCGCACCAGGACAAUCUAUAUCGGCCAUCAAAUUUGCCAGCUAUGGGACACCACUUGGAACAUGUGGAAAUUUCCAACAGGGAGCAUGUCAUUCGCCGAAUUCAUACACCAUCCUGGAAAAGAACUGCAUUGGACAAGAGAGAUGUGCAGUUGUCAUCUCCACCACCAACUUCGGCGGGGACCCAUGCCCAAAUGUCAUGAAAAGAGUUGCAGUAGAAGCUAUAUGCUCUUCAGCUGCUCAGCCAAUAUCAUGAGCAUCAUAGAGUGCAAUCGUGUGAACUUCUUAUUUGCUGCGAAAGAAUGACAAGAAACGUUCGGCAUAAUUGUAAAGUGCUUGCGUCGACCAAAAGUAGGUGUUUGUUUUUGGUGUGUGGGAGUUACAUGUAGAGUGAAAGGAAAAUAGUAUGUGUCAUGCAUUAUUCUUCUAACUUAUCUUUGAGUUUUGAGGUCUUCAUUGGUCCACCAAUGAUGCAUUAAUCAUAAGUUGGUGCCAGAAUGGAGAACAAGAGGAAAGCAAAGGAUAAUUGCUAAUUUGCUUUCAUAUAUGCUUCUUUUCUUUUGCUAUGGAAGGAUAUUGUAAUUUGAUACAGUUGUAUUUACUGCAUAAUUUUAAAUGCUGUCAUUGUUGUCA